AUCAAGUCAAUUACUGUCAAAGUUGUCAAUCUUGGAUGCAAAGUAAAACAGAGUAAAAUAUUUACAGCAAAGUCUUUGAUGUUAAUUUUUAGUGCGAAUUAUAUUGUUGUUAAUAUUCUCAAUGUAAAUUUCCUGCUUAUAAAAUGGUAGAACCAGAAAAACCAUUUGCUUGUACGAUGCCAGACUGCGGCAUGACCUUUACUAAUGAGGAUCAUCUGCAAUUACAUACUAAAAAACACGAUAUGAUGUUACAAUUAGGUUUGGAGCAAAAAGCAGCUUUUGUUGCUGAUCAAACCCCAACUCCUACAAGAUUUAUCAGAAAUUGUGAAGAAGUAGGUCUCUUUCAAGAUUUACAAAAUGACAACCCCUUUGAUGAAGGCUUCAAAAGAGCCAUGGAAACUAAACAACACAUCUUAUCUCUCGAGAGUAUUGCAACAAUAUCAAACACAGAUGAUCUACAUACACCACAGAUGGUGUUCCCACUGGAACACACUGAUUCGACAUUGUUCAGUACCACAAAUAACCAGAGAAAUAUCACUAUUAGCAGAUCAUCAAGUGACGAAUCUGGAGCUAUCAAAGAAUUUGAAACGACGACAAUAUCUAAAUUAACAAAUGAAGUAACAACAAUAAGUCGUAUAGUCGAGAAACACGAUGAUAACCGAGUAGAUGAUUCCAAACUCAAAGACGAGGUCAUCAAGGACUCAAUUUCAUACUCAAAUAAUAUAAUUAAAAUACACAGUGAAAUCCGAAGAGAUGAUAUGAACAAAAAUCCGAUACAAACAUUUGAAGAUACCACAAAGAACAAUAAAAUAACUGAUGUCCCGCCUAUAAUGAGUCAAACCUCUAUAGAUUAUGUUGUCGAAACAUUAACUAAUGACUUAUGCAAUGACACAGCUAACAAACAUGAUGAAAGUGAUAAUAUAGAAGUAUUAAUAAGAUUGCCAAACGGUAGACAAGUGAGAAUGAAGUCAGUGGAGGAUGAACCAAAAGUAAACGCUAAAGAAAAACUCAAAAGAGUUUUGUCGGAGAAAUCUAAAACUAAAAGUCCCACUAUCUCGAAUUUAGUACCAAUAAGUGGUGGAACACUAAUUCCAGUCACGAUAGUAGCAGCUCAACCACAAAAGAUACCCAUACCACCAUUUAGAGUUGCUAGGAAUUACGAUAAGAAAGCAGUGAAGCGAAAAAAUUUAGACACCGGGAAUCAGUGUCACAGUGUCUCGAGUGAGAAGCAGAGUGAUUUGGACAGUCGCAGUGCAGCAUCGAGGAGAUAUAGAGCGAGAUUAAAAGAGUCCUGGAUAAAACAGUGCGAAGAAAAUAGACAGCUGAGAGCAUCAAAUGACAGACUAUUGUCGGAAUUGACAAAAUUAAAAUUAUUGCUAACGGAACACCUGAAGAGAUGCCCUAAUGCUGAUGACAUAAGAGGCGCUGGGGCGCUGUGCUGAGCCGACACUAAACAGCCUCUAUGACCAGUUGGUACGAUACAAGAAAAAUUAUAAUUAUAAAUAUGAAUGAAACGAGACUGAGAUAAUUUAGUUUUUAAUGCAAUACCAUAGUUUAGCUUAAUGUAAGUUCGUUAGCUUUUGGUUAACGGCGAACAGGGAUGGUGAGGUUGUUUUAACAUGGUCAUAAUUUAUUGGCAUGGGCGGCAGCAGAGGCGGGUCGCGGGUCUGGUCAUGGCGUAUCGUUUUCAUCUAAUGAAAGGGAUUUGCUUAAUUUGAAGAGUUGAAAUCGUGGAUAAGAGUUUAACGCAUGUAAUGUCGUGAUUUGUGUAUCUGCAGUUAGAAUUAGUUGAAUUGUUCUGACAGAUAUAAGUUUAUUGGAUUAACAGUGCAAUGGAGCGGAAUGCAGUGAACAUUUUUUUAAAUUAAAUUUGUACUAAUAUUAUUUACCUAGAAACAAUCAUACGUCCUGCUGAACUUGUCGUGGCCUGCGGGAUAAGACGUCCGGUGCAUUCGUAUGUAGCGAUGCACCGGUAUUCGAAUCUCAGGCGGGUACCAAUUUUUCUAAUGAAAUAUUUACUUAACAAAUAUUCGCGAUUGACUUCCACGGUGAAGGAAUAACAUCGUGUAAUAAAAAUCAAACACGCAAAAUUAUAAUUUGCGUAAUUACUGGUGGUAGGACCUCUUGUGAGACCACGCUCCCUUGGCACCACCACCCUGCCUAUUUCUGCCGUGAAGCAGUAAUGCUUUUCGGUUUGAAAACCUGUUGAACUGUAUAAACUGAGAAACCUUGGAACUCAUGUCUCAAGGUAUGUGACGGUAUUUACGUUGUAGAUGUCUAUGGGCUCCGGUAACUAUUUAAUACUGCCGUGAGCUCGUUAACCUACCUAAAAUAAUAAAAAAACCCUUAAAGCAUCCCAGAAUGCAAAUUAUUUUCCUGAAUAGGGUUUUGGUUGGAGUCGCGAGUGUUAUCAUAUAUUAUUAUAAGCCGCGCCAAUAAAGAAACGAAUCCAAAAUGGCGGCGGCCAUCAUGUGCUCACUCUAAACUAUUGCUGUCUUUAUUCGCACACGGCGCGUACUGCAUGCAAAAAAAUAUCAGUUCUGACUUUGUUGUCGAGUUCGAGUUUUUUCACUUUCGAGUUGUGCGACUUUGAUGACUGGCAGCAAAAGUGUCUAUGCAAGUUGCAUCCCAGAUGAGACACCUCCUCCUCUGCCAGGGCAUAAAGUAAAGUAUAUUCUCAUUUGUUUUUUUUAUAUUGGAGUUUACUCCUUUAGAAUCGAUUUACAUAUAUAGGCCCGGGGUAUGAAAAUUAUGGGGACCAAAAUCGUACUAGCAUGUCACACGAAAUGCGUUAUGCGCCUGAUUGCGCAUGUCACACGAAAUGCGUUAUCGCAGGUGACGCCGGGCUGCUGCGCCGGCAGUCCGCCACAAAGCCUCGUACUGAUCGCGCGUUUCUCUCAUUAUUGUAUUUUCAUAUAUUUGUUAGUCGUUUGUUUUGUGUCUCGUUAAUUUGUUAAUAAUCUGUAGUGUAUCGUGUUGUCGUAAUAUAGAACUAUUUCUCGUAUUGUUUCGUUUAAUUUUUUAUAUCCAGUAAACUCCAGUCGUGCGUCGGAGCGGACACACACACUUUUUUUUUUUUACAAUAAACAACUUUUUCUUUCUAUCUUUCUUUUUAUUUGUUGACCCUACAAGUGUCAGUGCAGGUACAUAGACGCCAUUUUCAAUUCGUUUCUUUAUUGGCGCGGUUUAUACCAUAGAUUAUACAUUUAAUAUAUUUGGUUUGUACCAAGUGGCCGUAUCAUAACCGCCGCGCCGGCUGAUGUUGCGAUUCAUCACAUGUGUAAUUUAGAUGUAAUCAUUCCGUUAUUUAAGAAUCUUAUGAAUUUUUAAUGAAAAAAAAUUAAAAAUAAAUGUUAUUGAAAUGAGAAAUUUUA